CGCGAGUUAAUAUUUGUGAAUAAGAAUCAAAUGCCAAGUCCCGAACAACACUUAUCACCAACAACUCAACCCCCUGUUGGCUGUUCUUCUUGGCACGGCACAGAUGCCCAACUUUCCUCAGAGUCGAUCAGUCCCCCUGGCCGUGGUCCGGCCUCUACGACCUCAGCCUCGAGCGGUGACAGUACGCUCAGUCGGAGGGUGAAAUUUGGCGGUUACCCGUCGUUCGAUCCUACGGUUGGUAGCGAGUCUGUGGUCAGCGGAGUUCAGUCUCUCGAGUGUUGUGGUGACACGGACGAUCUGGAGGAACGGAUAGCUGCUCUCUCGAAUGAUGUUUCACAGGCUCAUAUUGAGCUCAACGAAGAGCGGCAGAAGCGGCGGCUCUUGGAGCUGGAGAAUGAGACGUUGAAGUUGAAGGUGUUGUCUUUGACUAUGAUGAACCCAGAAGCCGCAGCCGCGCUGGAAGCUGCUGUUGACGAUGGUUAUGAUAGCGGCAAUAGUCUGGACCUCUCGCAGAUCUAUCUCGGGAGUAAUGCGAGCCAUCAUAAUCGUAAUCGAGCGAUGACGGCAGUCGAGUCUCAACAAUCAUUACCCAUGUGCCGUAAGGCCACCGUGGAUGAUGCUAUUUUGGCCAUGGAAUUCGAGAAUAAGGAGGAUGUGCUGGUUGUACGCCACAUAGGGAGUCUCGGUUUCGGUCCGGCUCAAACAUUGGCUGCAUACUUCUCAGUAUUUGGUAGAGUACAGGAGGUCAUAGAGAUUGAGGACAGAGACGAAGCUAUCGUUGUCAUGGCCGGUGGUCCUGGUAGCACUUCAUUCUUCCCCCACGGUGUUAAAGUGGUCAGUGGAGGCGAGGUUGAAAUCACUUCUUACGACGAGGCUUUGUCAGCGGGUUGGCUUUCGGAUGCUCCGACUCACGAUACCGAUUCUCGAUUCUCGAUGUCGAUGAAUAGCAGUGGUCGUCUUGGCAGUUCGUCGCCUCUCUAUGGCUGGCAAGUGAAGACUCCCAGGGGCCCGGUGACCCACCAGAACUCGCUGAGGAGUCAUGCCCAGACGUGGGAUGCUAGCAGCUCGCUGCCGGAGUCAUCAAAGGCGACUGAUGCCGGCGAGCCGCCACGGAUGAAUCUGUUGGAGGCGUUGCAAGUCUUUAAUGCAGAGGAUGAGAAAAGGGUUUUCACCGUUCGGAAGGUGCACAAGUUGGGCUUCAAGUCACAGCAUGCCUUAAGGCAGUACUUCAGCCAGUUCGGUAGGGUGAAGGAUGUUGUUCUCCUCCCGAUGAGGGCCAAGCCGAAGCCAGGCCCGAGCGGUCAAGUUCGUGGUGUUCGCCCGAGUUCGAUGGGCUUUGUGGUCAUGCAACGCCCUGAAGAUGUGCAGAAGGUCCUCGCAUACGGAGGUGUCCAUACGAUCAAGGGCUGGCCUAUCGAGGUUCGACCCUUCGUACGACCUAGCGAUAAACGAGAUUCGAAGGUUAGUACUCCUGGUGACGGGUCGCCGAAGAAUAACAGCAGCGACUAA